GGGCCGGCUCCGCUUCUCUCCCGGCGGGGGCAGGGCUUGGGAGGGGAGGCGGGCCGGCCCUCCAGUUCCCUUCCCCCUCCGCCGGGCCGCCCUCGCUGGGUGCAAUGUUUUGCCGGAGCGCUGGCCGGGCCCUCGGGGUUCUGAUGCAGCUGCAGCCGCAGCCGCCCGCCCGGACAGCGCCGCUCACGGCCCGGGGACCGGCCGCCUGCUACGGUACUUCAAUAACAUCUGCCAAAAUCCAAGUGAAUGGAGUCCACCUGCAUUAUCAGCAAACAGGAGAAGGAAGCCAUGCAGUUCUUCUGCUUCCAGGAAUGCUAGGGAGUGGUCAAACUGAUUUUGGACCACAGCUUAAGUCUAUGAAUAAGCAACUUUUCACAGUUGUUGCUUGGGAUCCUCGGGGAUAUGGAAAGUCCAUUCCUCCAUCUCGAGACUUUCCUUCAGACUUCUUUGAGAGGGAUGCAAAAGAUGCUGUGGAUCUUAUGCAGGCACUAAAGUUUAAGAAGUUCUCCUUGCUGGGGUGGAGUGAUGGUGGAAUUACAGCACUCAUUGCUGCUGCGAGGUACCCAAAUCUUAUCCACAAGUUGGUUGUCUGGGGAGCAAAUGCCAGCGUUACUCAAGAGGAUGUGAGAAUUUACAAUGGCAUCCGAGAUGUUUCAAAAUGGAGUGAAAAGGUCAAGAAACCACUGGAAGAGCUGUAUGGACAUAAGUACUUUGCAGAAACCUGUGAGGCUUGGGUAGACGGAAUAUCGCGCUUUGCUGAAAAUUCAGAUGGUAAUAUCUGCCAACAGUUGCUGCCAGAUAUUAAAUGUCCCACAUUUAUAAUUCAUGGUGAGAAAGAUCCUUUGGUCCCACAAGCUCAUGCAGAAUACAUUCAUAAGCACAUCAAAGGCUCUCGGUUGCUUCUGAUGCCAGAAGGAAAGCAUAAUUUACACUUGCGUUUUGCAAACGACUUCAACAGAGAAGUGAAAAAUUUCUUACGCUGACAUGAACUUUAAAACAAGUCAGAGGUGCUUAGCCUUUGCCUUGUUUAGGAAUUUAGGUUAGCUUUCCAUUUUCAAUGCAGAAAUAGGUAGGUUUGAGUCCUGUAAGAAAAACAUUAAACAUAUUUGCAUGAGAA